AUGAGUGUGUUUUAUCAGAGUGAGCAAGAAGAGGAGGUACCACCUGAGAAUCGGACUAUCUUCCUCACCUUUUCCAAAGGGUAUCCUAUUUCUGAAAAUGAAGUUAAACUGUACUUCACUAGAAUCUUUGGGGAUUUCAUUGAGUCCAUAUACAUGCAACCUGUUGCUGGAGAGAAUCAACCCCUUUUUGCUCGAAUUGUGGCUCGCUCUCCUUCUAUGGUUAGGGCUGUAGUGGAGAGAGAUGGAGCUGAUGGAAGAUCUAAAUACUAUAUCAAUGGGAAGCAUGUAUGGGCUCGAAAAUUUGUGAGGAGACCACCACCUAAGGACACUGCAGAAGGUGCUGUAACAUCGGAAUGA